CUCAUAAAGAAUACACCAAAAUAUCUCACGUGUCCCGUAGCUGUACAUUGCUACCAGCGCCACGCGUGUUCCAGACGAUAUCUGAGACAGAAAGCUGUUCACACCUUAAUACAUCAGACAUAAAUUUCUAGUUUACUGUUCUUGUUUUUAUAUAGGUGCCUCUCGUUUUAGCUUUUCCGCAUAUUUGUUCUGCUGUUUCUGUGUCUAAACGAUGGAGAAAGAAGACAACGGUCCAAACCAGAGCUCCUCUGCUUCUAUAGAACCCUCCAGAAGAAGAAGAAGAGUCGCUGAGCCAGUUGAUACGACGUUAAGUAGAUGGGUGAAGGAAGAAGAGGAGGAGGAAGGGUUGAAGAGAACCCGUAGGGUUCAAGCAAAAGGUUCGAGGAAAGGCUGCAUGAGAGGGAAAGGCGGACCGGAGAACCCGGUUUGCCGGUUUAGAGGCGUUCGACAAAGGGUUUGGGGGAAAUGGGUGGCUGAGAUACGCGAGCCUGUGAACCAACGUGGCGGAAACUCGAAGCGUCUUUGGCUUGGAACGUUCGAUACUGCAUCUGAAGCCGCCUUGGCUUACGAUAGAGCUGCUAGUGCCAUGUAUGGACGCUAUGCCCGGUUAAAUUUCCCGGACGGUUUAGGAAACGGUCAGGAUGAUGAAAUGAAGAAAACUGAUGAGGCAGAGAGUUCUAGAAGCUAUUGGUUGGAAACUUACAACGUCUCUGAAACCGGUAAUAGCGUGGUGGACAAGAAAGAUGGGGAGGAUUAUUUAUAUGAAGACUGUAUUGAACUUGGUCAAGAAAAGAUUGAGAAUCUUGGUCGUAUGGCUGAUAACGAGAUAGUGAAAUCAGAGGAAGAUUACAUGUUUGAUGGAUUUGAAUACGGACUGUUGUACAAUGAAUCUGGUUAUUACCAUGGAGGUGGAUUUGAUCCUUAUUUAGAGCACUUCAGGUUUUAGCAAGGGUUUUUACGUUGCAUCAUUAAACUGUAGUUUGAAAUAUUUUCAGCUUUCAUAUUAAUAAUAUCUUUAUUUUGCUGGUAGACGUAACUAAUUGGU